UGCACCAUGAUCAAACAUGUAUGAGAUGCCAUUACGGGUUAACGUUAUACAGGAAACAAAUGUGAACCUCCCAUGUCACCUGUAGUCAGACUCAAUGCAUAGGUUGACAGAWAAUCGACUUUGUGGGGAUUCAUUUCGUUUCGGAGUCGGUUGGAUAGAAGAUCCUWCAGCCACUUGGUUCAUUUGAAGACAAAGAGCGUCCUCCAGGAGAAAGAGAUGACAUCUUCGUCUGGUACAGUGGAGAGGAAGAGGAGAGUUAGCAUUUCAGUACCUCCCGACAUGUCUGAAGAACCAGAUAACUCUGAUCUGAGGACUGUUCUGCUUUGUUCGGUUGGAGCAGGGAAGAGUGCAACAGGAAACACCAUCCUUGGGAGAGAGGCCUUUAAAGUGGACUCAUCUCCUGAGUCGGUCACCAAAGCAUGUGAGAAACAGAGUAGGGAGGCAAACGGGAGGAAGAUUGAAGUGUUGGACACCCCAGGACUGGGCGAGGACAGGAGAAGUGAGAUAGCCAGAUGCAUCAUGGACAAGUCAGUCCCGGAACCCCAUGUGUUCCUGCUGGUGGUAAGGUUGGGGGUAAGGUUGACAGAGGACGAGAGGAACACUGUGAAGUGGAUCCAGCAGAACGUCRGAGAAGAUGCCUCACACUACACCAUGAUAUUAGUCACCUGUGCUGAUUCACCCCGACUCAGAGGAAACACAGUGGAUGACUACGUGAAACAGAACCAAGACCUUCAGACACUCAUCGACAGCUGUGGAGGCAKAUAUCACUCAUUUAAUAAUGACGAUAGGGAGGACCACAAUCAGGUCACAGAGCUGCUGGAGAAGAUAGCAGAGAUGGUGGAGGUGAAUAAAGAGGGGAGCUACACCAACAGGAUGGACCAGAGUGCUCAGASUGACAUCACUGCCCAGAAGAUACAGAGCAGGUCUACAACUUGGGGCACUACAGCAGCAGCUCUUCUGGCAGCAGCCAUUACGUUGUUAAUACUCUCAGGAGUAGUGAGAGUAGCGGAACCAACAGACCUAGCGGAACCAACAGUAGCAACCGGACCAGCAUUGGGAUUAGCGAAACUAGCGAGAUCAAGAGGAAGAGCUGGACCAGCAUUGGUAGUACCAACAGAAGUAAUGCGAGCAGCAGUCAGACCAGCAUUGGAAKAAAUAAAAGGCAUAUUGGGAGUACUAGUAGGGGUAGCAGGCGUAGCAUUGGUAGCACUAGCAGGGGUAGAUGGACUAGCAUUGGUAGUAGCAGCAGGUAUGGCAGGAGUAGCAGGGUCAGCAGUAGGAGUUGCAGGACUAGCAUUGGGAGUACCAGCAGGAGUAGCAAUAAUAGCAGGAACAGGACUAKCAGGAGUGGCAUUAGUAAAGAUUUUCCAAUGGUAUCAAAAUAGACAGCAUAAUGGACAGGAGAGGGGUGGAAAACAGAAAGCCUCCUAAAAUAAGUACAGAUCUGGUUAACAACAACACAAAGAAGAUACUAGAUGUGAGAGUUCUGAAGUGUAAAAUAGGUUACAGUCUGGGUAGAAUGGCUGGGCGGUAACACAGUGGGUAUGUCUGCAUGAACAGAAAGAGAGGGUAGCCUUUUAUUGAAUAGAUGGUUCAGACGGUGUAACUGUUAACGAAAUGAUGGUGAUGUCAAGGAACAAACAAAAACACAAUGUUGAUGCAAAACCCAAAAGGAAGUACUCCACAUGCUAGUGUUACACAAUGACCAAAUAAGAGAGGUGCACAACAACCAGGAAACAAUAUCAACCUACAUAACAGUACAAACUACAUACCUGACAUUUACUCCUGAGGUGCUGACUUGCUACACCCUCGAUAAUUCUUGUGAUUAUUAUUA